AUGGCUGCGACAAUAAUACCAACGAAAACUAAUGAUGAUAUUAUAUUGAACGUGUUGGAGGGAAAUAAAAUAGAAAAAUGGCCAUCAGCACGUUUGGUCAAGAUAUUUAUUGCCAGUUCAAGAUCAGAUUUUAUAGAAGAACGUCGGCAAAUACUUGAAAUGCUUGGUCCUGAUUUACAAGCUGUAUACGAUGAACAUCAAAUUGAGAUUGAAUUUGUCGACGUACAUUUUGGAAUGCCCGAAAGUUAUGCAUAUGAUCCAUAUUUAUUGGAAGAUCAUUUAAAUGAAAUCAAAUCAUGCUGUGAUGUUUCUAAAGGCUGUUUCUUUUUAAUUCGUGAAGCAGGUGAUAUUUCAAUUGAAGAUUGGCAAGAAAUUAGUAUAAAAAUGACAACAUUAUUAUCAGAAUGUGUUGACGAAUUAUGCACGGAAAAUAAUGAAUUAAUUACAGAACUAAAAGAACUAUCACAAACGAAUGUUGAAAAACAAUUUAAAUAUGCAAUAAAAUUAUGUGGUGAUAAAAAACGGAAAAUAAUAGCACUUUUUCGUGAAUUUGAAAAAGCAGCAGACGAUAAAAUAGAUACCAACUUCUUCGAUGAAGAACCAACUGCAAUAGAUACAUUUAAAAGUUAUGUUAAAAGCAAUGUAGAUCCACAAAAUUGCCUUUGUUUAAGUGUACCUUGGAGACCUGAUGGAAUUGAUAGUGAUCUUGAAGAACACGAUACAUAUUUAAGUAAAUUUCGAUCGCAUAUACGAGAACAUGUUAAAUAUUUAAUAAAUACACAUAAAGAAGAAGAACCAGAAUUGGUAUCACGAAAAAAAAUUGUUCAGGAAGUAUUUCAAGAAAAUAUUACACAUUUAUCACUAUGUUUUGAAGAAACAACUGUAGAUACACACACCACAAAAAAGAUAUCAGAUAUCUUAGAAACAAUUGAAGAACAUGUUAAAACAAAUUAUACAAACAACACCAAGCACUGUCCAUUCAUUGUGAAAGGUGGUUCUGGUUCUGGAAAAAGUUAUUUAAUUAAAUCAAUUUAUAAUAAUUGUUCCGAAUGGUUCUCAAGUCUCGGUUGUACACGAAUAUUUCGAUUUGUACGUUUUGCAGCGGCCACACCACGUUCCGCAUACAAUUUAGAAUUAUUACGUGUUAUUUGUCAACAAAUUUGUAUAGUUUUAAAGUUACCAGACGGAUUUUUACCAAAAGAUGCGAGUUUUGAUCCGUUGUACAUAAACAAUUGGUUUCAAAAUUUAUUGCGACGCUUUGAAGAACUAGUUAAUCAUGUUUUAAUUAUAAUCAUUGAUGAUUUACAUAAGUUUAAUCCAUUGGAUUCGGAUAUUGUGGCAGCAUUAUCAUGGAUACCAAUCAGUUUACCACGUAAUGUAUUUUUAAUAUUUACAACCGCUGUACCAUUGGAAUUAUUAAAAUUAACGCCAGUACAAAAGGAACGUUUUCGUAGUAAUGAAGUCUUCUUUGAUAUUGGAGAUAACGAUCAAAUAACUACAACAAUGAUUGAAGAAAAAUUCGAUUUUUAUGAAAAACAAUUCUCUAGACCGGCAAUCAGUAAAUUAUCAACAUUAAUUACGUGUUCUGAAUAUGGAUUAAGCGAAACAGAACUUUUAGAAUUGUUAAUGCCAAUUAAUAGCAGUGAAGAUGUUUUGUUGUUAGAAGAUGGAAAUUUUAAUUUUUCUACAUUUUCCACUGUUUGUCAAAAAAUUGCAUAUUUUCUUCGUAAGAAAUUAAUGAGCGGCAAACUUUUAAUUGAUUGGAGUCAUGAUUCAAUACGUGAUGUUGCAAAAAAACGUUAUUUGGUUAAUCAAGAAUAUAUACGUACACAACAUGCGGAAAUUGCAAAUUUAUUCUUUAGUGAAUUUGGUGAAAAUGAAGAAAAUUCUGAGAAUGAAGAACAACAAGAAACUGAUACACCUUUCCAGUCAACUUUACACAGCGAUGUUACCUACAGCUUACGGCAUGUAGAAGAAUCUUGGAUACAUUUACUCAAAGCUGGGGAUUCAACAAAAUUGAAAACAUUAACUGUUUGUAAUUUUGAUUUUCUAUUAGCCGCUGUUCAAACAGUUUCCGUUAGUUAUUUACGAUGUGUUUUAGAACAUGUUCGUUGUUAUUUAUUGGAUCGUGAUUUAGAACUUGUUUACUACACAAUACGUAAAUCAAGUGAUGUAUUAACGCGUGAUCCUUUACAAUUAGGAUCUCAAAUUAUAUCAUGGUUGCGACCGUCAGCAGACGCACAAAGUCCGGUAUUAUCAUUAUUGGUUACACAAGCAAUGGCUUGGUGUGAUGGUUUUACAUUACCUUUGUUACUUCCAUUGACAUGUUGGCUGAGUACUCCAUUGGGUGGAUGUGUAAAUGGCGUUUAUCAAUGUGUGGCAACACCACCUGGACAACAUAUUGUAUGUGUUAGCCAUAAAAAUAUGUCGAACGCUGAACAACCAACACUUUGGCAUGUAAUGAGUAAACAAUUGGUGCAUACUUUUAAAGGUCAUAGUGGUCCAGUUUUAUGUAUGCAUAUUACAAAACAAUCACAAUAUUUAAUUACCGGCUCAGAGGAUAUCAGUAUUAUUGUAUGGGAUUUGAAAACAUUAACGUUAAAAUUACGCAUUUAUGAACAUAUUGCACCUGUUUUAACUGUCACAUCUGCAUUAAACAAUAGUGUUAUUGUUAGUGGUGGUGAAGAUAGCAGUAUCAUUAUUACGUCAUUAACAAAUGGUCAAGUUGUAAUGAAAAUUGACCAUCACAGAGGACCUGUUACAUCCGUUCAAGUGAAUUCAACUGGAGACGUUUUAGUUUCUGGUAGUCAUGAUAAAAAUAUAUGUUUAUGGUCACUAGAGAAUUUUACACUAUUAAAUACAAUCACAUUAGUUUCACCAAUACAAAUGAUUGAUAUAUCAAGUGACAGCGUAUUUUUACUAGCUGCAUGCGAAGAUAAUAAUUUAUAUUUACGUACAUUAGCUACUGGUACUGAACUACAUAAUUUAGUUGGACAUAAAUCAAAGGUACGAUCAUUAUGUGUUGCUCAAGAUAGUUGUCGAGCUGUGGUUGGAUGUGCUGAUGGAAAUGUUUGUAUAUACGACAUGCAUGCUGGUAAAAUAAUCAAAACAAUUACUGGUCAAGGUCAUGAAGUCACAUGUAUCCGAGUUACUGAUAAAGAUGAUUUUUUAAUUACCGCAGGUGGAAACAAAGUCAAUAUUUAUCCAUUCCGGGAAACGGAUGCUAUUAAACCGGUUCUCUCCAAACUGAAUAGAAAAUUACAACAAUCGUUACAAGCACAUACGUCUUAUAUCACAUGUUGUGAUGUAUCACGUGAUAAUCAGUUAGCUGCAUCUGGUGCAGCUGAUAAUUUAGUAAAUAUUUGGCAAUUAACAUCACAUGAAUUAAUUCAAACGUUAGAUGCACACACAGCUGCCGUAACAUGUGUCCAUUUUGCUCCAAAUGGUUUAUUUUUAGUAAGUGGUUCGGAUGAUAGUACUGUUAAAGUUUGGGGCUUAACUUUGGGCACAGUUGUGGUCAAUUUUACUGGUCACCAAGCACCAAUUACAACCUUAUCAGUGAUGUUAGAUUCAGCUCGUGUAAUAUCUGCAGACAAAGAUGGAAUGUUGGCUAUUUGGUUAGCUGACAAUGGAUCAUUGUUACAAUCAUGUAAAGGUCCAAGCGAGCGAUUAGCAGUUACAAAUAAUAUGAAAUACGUUGCGUGCACAAAUGGUGAUAAUACUCUAAAAAUAUGGUCAUUGUUACGAGAUGACGAAAAAUAUUCAAUAUGUCAUUCAGAAGAAAUCACAUGUUUUGUAUUAAGUUUGGAUUCAUUACAAGUGAUAACUGGUUCCAGAGAUAUGUCUUUAAAAGUGUGGCAGCUGUCCGGUGGAAAACUAUCACAAGUUUUAGUUGGGCAUACAGAUGCAGUUACAUGUGUAGCCGUAUCGGCUUUAAAUAAAAGUUUAAUUGUAAGUGGAUCUUGUGAUACAAAUUGUAUUGUUUGGGAUGUUCAUACCGGCAGUGAUAUUCAUACAUUAGCUGGACAUUUGGCUCCUGUUACAUGUCUACAAGUUAGUCCGGAUGGAAGUGCGGCAGUUAGCGGAGGUGAAGAUAAGACGAUUAUUGUUUGGGAUACAAAAAAAGGAAUUUUACUAACAUCAUUACAACUAUGCAUUCCUGUUGUGAAUGUUCAAAUAACAUGUGAUUGUUCUAGAAUAGUCGUAUAUUUAAAAGACACUAAAUAUUUACCAAUUAUUUGUUUACAUAAUACACCCGCCAAAUAUGUUAAGUUGCCAACAUACUGUGCACCAGCAAAAGACGUAGAAGCACGACCUGUACCAAAACGACAAAUGCGGCGACUGUUAAAGAAAGAAGUGUCAUUGGACACAUACACAUGGCAAAAGAAAUAUGGUCAUUUAACAUCAAAUAUAAUGAUUGCAGCUGUUGAUGAACGUUUAAAACGGCGUUUCUCAGUUUCAGCAAGCAUGGAAGAAAUCUCAAAAAUACCGCAAAAUAAAAAUUUAGCAUCUCAACAACAAGGACAAGGUUCUUUAGCACAAUCACAACACUUUGAUCAAUUGGAAGCAUUAUGGAAUAAACGUUCACCUCCAAGACGGCGAAUUACACAAUCAUUAUCAAAGCAAUCAUCUUUAGUUGAAUCUAGAUAUUCUUCAGAUGAGGAAGAUAAACUGGAUCAACUUUCAGAUUUACCAGGCGAAUAA